AUGAGGAAAUUCCUCGCCUACACACAUCAACGCGAUCGAGUGCUUUGCGUGAAACACUCGGGGAAACCCCGCAUCGAGAAAGCCGAUUGCCUCGAGAUGAGAAAUAUGCGAGGCUUCGAGCACGAAAACGUGAAUCGUUUCAUUGGGCUUUGCGUUGAGGGACAAAACUACAUGUCCGUUUGGAGGUAUUGCUCACGCGGCACACUUGGGGAUCUUCUCAUUCACUCUCCGAUUCGAAUGGACGCUUUCUUCGUUUUCUCGUUGAUGAGAGAUAUCGCCGCAGGUCUCUCCUUCAUCCAUCGAUCCUCCGUUCACAUGCACGGAAAUCUCAGCUCUGAGUGUUGCUUAGUCGACGACAGAUGGCAAGUGAAGAUCAGUCUCUACGGACUCCGAACCGUUCAAAUGUGCCAUCGAAUGACGAAAAAAGAACUUCUCUGGACAGCUCCCGAGCACUUGAGACAACCAGAGGCCGCUCGGACUACAGAAGGCGAUGUCUACAGCUAUGGGAUUAUUUGCUCGGAGAUUGUCAUGCGAACUCCGCCAUGGGAUAUUGAGAAAAGAAAGGAAAGGACUGAUGAGCUAUUGUACAUGUUGAAACGUGGCGCCCAUCCACCUAUUCGCCCUGAGCUCACACUCGAACACAUCAUGGACAUGAAUCCAUCAAUGAUUCAUCUGAUCACAGAUUGCUGGUCGGAGAACCCAUUGGAUCGGCCUCCAAUCGAAAAAGUACGAAAUUUAAUGCGCUCAAUGCACCAUGGAGGCAACAAUAACCUAAUGGAUCACGUCUUCCACAUCAUGGAACAGCACGCGGAAAUGCUAGAAAAAGAAGUGGAAGAUCGAACGAAACAAUUGGUCGAGGAGAAAAAAAAGAGCGAUCUUUUGCUCUAUCGAAUGCUACCGAAAUCAGUUGCCGAAAAGCUGAAAGCCGGUCAACCGCUUCAGCCAGAAUCCUUUCAAAUGGUCACCAUCUUUUUCUCGGAUGUCGUCUCUUUCACGACUCUUGCGGCCAGAUGUACGCCGUUACAAGUUGUUAGCAUGCUGAACGGGCUGUACUCGAUUUUCGAUGGAACCAUUGAAACACACGAUGUUUACAAGGUGGAAACGAUCGGUGAUGGGUAUUUGUGUGUCUCUGGGUUACCACGACGAAACGGAAACGAGCAUAUUAAAGAAGUCAGUGAAAUGGCGCUCUCGCUGAUCAAACAAGUGGCCACAUUUCGCAUUGCGCAUUUACCGACGGAAAGGAUUCAAAUUCGAGUUGGUUUGCACACAGGUUCUUGUGUGGCCGGGGUUGUCGGCCUAACGAUGCCCCGAUAUUGUCUCUUUGGAGACACAGUAAACACGGCGUCGAGAAUGGAAAGCAAUGGGAAAGCCAGCAUGAUCCAUAUGUCGAGCGAGGCCCGGAAUUUUCUCCAUCACUGGUAUCCGAAUCAAUUCGAGACUGAAUCCCGGGGAGAAGUGAUGAUAAAGGGAAAGGGCAUAAUGGAAACGCAUUGGCUUCUCAGCAAAGCACACGAUCAUCCGCAAACGGGUCUCGAAAUCCCGGGUCAAAUCGACGACCGAUCAUCGACUCAACAAACCCAAGCAGCCGCCACAGCCUCAUCGAUGUACAGAGAAUAUAAAAGACAAGGAACAGUGAGGGUCGAUUCAAUCGAUGAAAUUUCG